UGCAGUGCCAGCCGCUGGCGCCGGGCGAGCUGUACCGGGUGCUGCCGCUGCGCAGCCUGGUCCAGCAACUGCGCGUGCAGUGCGACUACAGCGGACGGGGCUGCGGCCACUCGGGGCGGCUGCGGGAGCUGGCUGCACACUCCCAGCGCUGUGCCUUUGGCCCUGCCAGCGGCUGUGACAGCCACUGCCCAGGCGGCUGAGGAGGAGGCGGGGAGGAAAGGCACCGGGCGACCAGGACCUGCCGAAGUGGGAACGCUCGUGAGGGGCCACCCCGACCGGGAGGUCGGCCUCUGGUCGACGCCUGCCGAGCGGGGAAGGCGCGGCGGCGGGCGCAGGUCGGCUUGUUGCAGCGCAGGUGCCAGGAGAAGUUGGCUGGGUACAUGGCGCACACGCGCAACUUCGUCGGGGACCGGGGAGGCCGCGGCCAGGAUGGAGACCAGAAGCUGUUCACUGUUGUGUUGAAAAGAGAAGAGGAUACUCUGGGAUUCAACAUAAUAGGAGGCCGCUCGAAUCAGAAUUCCCAGAAGCAAUCAGCACCUGAAGGAAUUUAUGUCUCAAAAAUUUUGGAAAAUGGACCUGCAGACCGAGCAGAUGGCCUGGAGAUUCAUGACAAAAUCAUUACGGUGGCCAUAAUUGUGUCUGGGGGUUUCCUGUUAGUAUUAGUUACCUAUCAGUAUGCUGUUACCUAUCAGUAUGCUGUUACCUAUCAGUAUGCUGUUACCUAUCAGUAUGCUGUUACCUAUCAGUAUGCUGUUACCUAUCAGUAUGCUGUUACCUAUCAGUAUGCUGCUGUGUCCAAGAGCAAGGAAUGCCUCUCAUCGUAA